AUGUCGAGUGAAUUCAUCCCAGCGGGCAUCUCCAACAACGUCGCCGCCGCUGGCUCCAACGGUGAUGCUAGCCCUCGUCGUCAGUCUGCAGUGAGCCUUCCCAAGGGUGCCGCAAACGCUCGUCCCGCCGCUGCUAUCAACUUUGGCUCCGUGCACGACCAGAACGCUAUGCUCUCCUCCUCGCCUGCUGCACAGCCCAGUUCUGGUCAACAUCUUCACGGCGAAAAACCCACCGUCUUUGGCUCGGUCGCCGCACACGACCCGCAGUCCAAGAAGACCACCAUCGGAUUCGCAGGCGCAAAGUCGGACUCGGCUCCCCUCGCCGCCAACACCACCCCUGCCAAGACCAUGGACUUUCAAAAGCUUUUUCAGGGCUCGACCUCAAACUCGAACUCGGGCUCGGGGUCAGGCUUGUCCGCCCCCUCCCAGCCUACCGCCUCCAACCCAGCCGCUUCGCUCGCACCAUCCAGCGCUGCUCCCGCUGCUCCCGCUGCUCCCGCUGCUCCUUCCACUCCACAGUCCAGUGCGCCUUCGCACAACCAUGCUGGCGCUCGACAUGCCUCGGCCAACUUGAGGCCGCCCUCCGGCACCCCUCACCACCCUGGCGCUAGACCCUUUGAGCCCCAACGCUCGCCAUCGGCGCACCAGCCUUCGCCCUCCCGCAUCGCUUCCCAGGGUCCUCCUCAUCAGCCCUUCCAUGCUCAUCCGCAACCCGGCUCGCAGCAGCCCCGUUCUCCUCAUAUGGCCAACGCUGUGCCCAUGCAGCCCAUGCAGCCCAUCGGAGGUCCAUGGCAGCACCAACAGCCCAUGGGCUAUGCGCCACCCCAGUACGGCUACCAUCCCGGCUACGGCUACCAGCCCGUUCCACAGCACUGGCAGCAGCAGCCACAACCGCAGCCGCAGCCUGGCUACGAUCUGGGCACGCCCCGCUCGCCUCGUCACGCCAACGUCGGCUCCUCGCCCAUGGGCCCCAACGGUCUUCCUGGCACUCCCAACAUGCCUCCCUCCACGCCACUCUCGGCUCGAGGCGCCAAUGUGCCCCCUUCUCCCUCCACCGCCCAUAGCAAUGUUGCUUCGCCCGCCCAUCAGCCCCUCUCACUCGCCCAGACUGGUCGUCCGCCAAGCUUCAACCCCGCCGCCACCUACGUUCACCACUCGCCCUCGCACUCGUACAGCAACCCUAUGAGUCCCGCAGCGCGUCAGUUUGAGCCCCAGCAGAAGAGGCAGAGCGCCGCGAUUCGUAUCGUCAACCCCGAGACCCAGGCGGCCGUAGAUCUUCAGAGCAUCCAGAGGACCCCUUCCAGCUCGCAAAAGUCGACGCCCGCUCCAGCUCCCGCCUCGGCCACCAGCUCGCCCAGCGUUUCCAAAGCUUCCCCCGCCAUUCUCACGCCCGCCAAGAGCAACCCUGUUCGCAUGGAGACCCAAGAAGCUUUCCUCGCCCGUAUCAAGGCCGACGCCGAAAAGAAAAAGGCCGAGCACGACGGCACUGCCAAGGAUGCCGAUGCCGAAAAGAAGCUGGCGGAUGACAAGGCCAAGGCCGAUGCUGAAGCAAAGAAGAAGGCAGAUGACGAGGCAGCGGCUGCCAAGGAGGCCACCGCCAAGAAGGACGCCGAAGAAAAGGCUACGGCCGAGCGCAAAGCUGCCGAAGAGGCGCAAGCCAAGGCCAAAGCCGAGCAGCAACAGCGCGAAGAGAAGCUCAAGGAGCAAGCCGAGGCCAAAGCCAAGGUAGAAGCUGAGGCUCAAAAGGCUGAACAAGCAAACAAGGCCCAGGAGGAGGCCGAGGCCAAGGCCAAGGCAGAUGCUGCUGCUGCCACUGCUGCUGAAGCCCAGUCCUCUGCCGAAGAGGCCAAGCCCAAGCCGACUCCCAUCGAUACCGAAAAGGCUUCGCAGCACCAGGACGGCGACAACAAGGACGCUGCAGGCAUGCGUAGCUCUGUCGCCGACGUCGAGCGCAUGGCUCGCGAGGCUUCCUCCGUGCCUCCCUCGAGCCUGGAUGCCCCCAAGACGCCUGGUCUGCCACCGACGCCUCGCACACCCGGAACCCCUGGCUUUGCCGGUCUUCCAGCCAAGCCUUUGAGCACCCUCGGUACUCCUGCCAACGGCAUCAAGCUCGACAGCGAGGCUCUCGAGAAGAAGAAAAAGGUCUCCACCAUCGAGUCCACCGGCGCCGCUGCUUCGCAGCAUGCUCCCAAGGCCGAGAGCUCUUCCUCCGGCGCCUCCUCUUCGCUGACAUCUGCCAAGUUCAUCGACAACUUCAGCAAGGUCAGCUACCCCACCAACAUCAACUCGCCCAAAUCCGAGCUCAACGAGUCGGCCGAGCCAGGCAAGUUCCGUUACGACCGAGACUUUUUGCUGCAGUUCAUGAACGUCUACACCGAAAAGCCCAUCGAUCUACCACCACUGGCCUCGAUCGGAAUGGAGAGCGGCGGCAUGGGCGCCAGCUCCCGUCUCAACCGACGUGCCUCGGCCAUGGGCCCUCCUGCUGCUCCUGGACGAGCACAAGGCCUCGGCAUCAGCAGUUCCUCCAGCUUCGGCGGCAAGGGUGGCAUCGGCUCGUUCAGCCACCCCCCCAAGACCAGCGAGGAGCGCUUCGCCGCUGCCUCUGGCCCACGUGGUGGUGCCAUGGGUGCGUUUGGCCCCAUGGGUUCGUUCAAUGCUGGCGCUCGAUCGCAACCGCUCUCGCGAACUGGCAGUGGCAGCACCGCUCUGCCAUCUCGUGACAUGAUGGGCACUGGUAUCCCCAACGGUGGCCGCACAAAGAGCAAUCGUGGCCGACAACGCGAUCCCAACUCGAGUCGUGGCCCUCAGGUCAACCCUCCCGAGAAGGGCGGUCCUACCAUUCCUCUCGACCAGGUCGUCCCGCUGGCCAACUCGGAGAACCGAUGGAGCCGUGGUGCUUCGGUCAAGGCUGAUUCGCCUGAAAUGGUGCAGCGAAAGGUCAAGGCGUUGCUUAACAAGCUCACUCUCGAAAAGUUCGACUCGAUCUCGAACCAGAUCCUCGAGUGGGCCAACAAGUCGGUCUCUGAGCAAGAUGGCCGCACGUUGCGCCAGGUCAUUCAGCUCAUCUUCGAAAAGGCCACCGACGAGGCUGCCUGGUCCGAGAUGUACGCCCGACUCUGCCGAAAGCUCAUGGACGAGGUCAGUCCCGAUGUCAAGGACGAGAACCUUGUUACUUCAGACGGCGAGCCCGUUGUCGGUGGUUUGCUCUUCCGAAAGUACCUGGUUAACCGUUGUCAGGAGGAUUUCGAGCGUGGCUGGGCUCAGCGCGACACUGCCGUCGCCGCUGCAAAGUCCAAGGAGGCUGAGGACAAGGCCAAGAAGGACAUCAACGAAAAGGCCGAGGCUGAGGCCAAGGCUGCCGAAGAACGUGGCGAGAAGCCAUCCGCUGAGCCCAAAGAGGCCGAGCUCCUGUCGGACGAGUACUACGAGGCGCAAAAGGCCAAACGUCGAGGUCUCGGUCUUGUUCGUUUCAUCGGUGAACUGUUCAAGCUGAGCAUGUUGACGGAACGUAUCAUGCACGUCUGCAUCAAGAAGCUGCUCGCCAACGCCACCGACCCCGAAGAGGAGGAGAUCGAAUCUCUCUGCAAGCUCAUGACCACCGUGGGUAAGCUGCUCGACACCGAAAAGGCUCGUGGACACAUGGAUGUCUACUUCCAGCGCAUGAAGGAGAUGUCUACCAAUGAGGCUGCCAUCAACUCGCGCAUGCGCUUCAUGCUCAUCGACGUGAUCGAAUUGCGCGAAUCGAGGUGGAUCCCACGCCACGAUAACUCAGCGCCCAAGACCAUCGCUCAGAUCCACGCCGAGGCUGCCAAGCAGAAGCAGCAGCAGGAUGCUGAGAACGCGAUGCGUGCACGUGGCGGUCCCAUCUCACGCGGCAGCUCCAAGCGUGGUCAGGCUCGUGGCGACGGUCCCGAUGGCUGGAGCACCGUGGGCGGUGUCGCACCACCACCGCGUCCCAGCAAAGCCGGCGAUCUCUCUCACUUUGGCAAGAUCGAGCGGGGCUCUUCGGGACGGCCGCUCUCGUUCGGCCCCUCGACCAUGCUCGGCAAAAAGAACCAGGGCAAGGGAUCCGAGGACGGCAGCCAGCCUCCUACGCGCACCAGCUCGCAGACCAACAUGUUUUCGUUGCUCAACCAGGCCGGCGAAGGCGAUGCUGCACCGAGCGAGGAGCCUCAGCGACCGAGGCUCAACCUUGCUCCGCGCACUAAGCCUUUGCCUGGCGCCGAUAAGGACGGCGAGGGCGAGGCCGAGGCCGGACAGGAGAGCUCCAAGUCGACCGAGAUGUCGGACGAGGAGGCCAAGAACAAGAUCAACAACGAUAUUAAGGAAUUCAUGCAUGUCAAGGAUGUCAACGAAGCUCUCGAGGCAUUCAAAGCUUUGCCAUCAUCACGACAAUCGCAAUUCGUCGAGACCAUCAUUGGCAGCACCAUCGAGAAGAAAAAGGACGACGUUGCCAACGUGGCUGCGCUCUUUGCCAAGCUCAGCGAGGAGGGGUACCUGGACGAAGACACCGCGUUCAAGGGCUUUGAGCCUCACAUGGAGUUCCUCGACGAUGCAGCCAUCGAUGUUCCUGCCAUCUACUCGUUUGUUGCGGACCUUCUGGUCGGCGCCAAGCUGUCGCAGGAAAAGAUCGAGGAGUUGGCUGGCAAGAUUGAGGGAGACGGUGUCAAAACACCCAAGGACAAGCUCCUCGAAAAGGUUGCUGCUGCACGAGGAUGA